AUGGAGAGCAGAUCACAAAUACCAGUCGGCCCACCCGUGAGAGACCCUCUCCCAUCAUACUGGCACGAGCCAAAAUCUCCUCUCGCGAAAGUGGUCGAGGCAGAAGUCGACAAUGAGAGCCAUGUCUACGACCACUGUAUCAUUGGAUCUGGCAUCUCCGGGACUAUGAUUGCGUAUAAUCUCCUUACCCAGCGACCGGAUUCUCGGAUAGUGAUGCUUGAAGCCCGCGAAGUGUGCGGAGGCGCGACAGGACGGAACGGGGGGCAUACAAAGGCCGCUAGCUAUCGGACCUGGCUGCAGCACGUCGAUGAGCUUGGGGAGGAGGAAGCGAAACGGAUUAUGAGGUUUGAACAUGCAAAUAUUUUGGCGACUCAUGAGUUGGCGAAAGAGUUGGGGAUUGAAUGUGAAAGCCAGUUGUGUAAUACGGUGGAUUUGAUCUACGAUAAGGACACUUUCGUCGAAGGACAGAAGGCCAUCGAUUCGUUGAGAGCUUCGGCGACAGAAGAAGAGAAAGCAGAGGGCGCGGUCGCCUGGUACAAAAUUCAUUCCCCAGAAGGAGCGACGGAGAAAUUCUGGGCAGCUAAGAAGAACGGAAACCCUGCUGUAAAAGAGGAAGAACAGCUUCAAGGAGCCGUCGAAUACCUGGCAGGAAGAAUCAACGCGUAUAAAUUCUCCACGGCAGUCCUGAACCUAUGUACAAGGAAAGGACUACGACUUUGUACCAGAACACCCGUCCACGCAUUCAGACCCGCUCGCCAAUCUGACGAUCCGAAUGUCAAGUGGGAAGUCUUCACCCAGUACAGUACUAUCAAGACCACCUCUAUCAUUAUUGCCACGAAUGGUUACACGCCGUACAUACUUCCUUCCUUGCAAGGCUCCAUCGUGCCUCUGCGUGGGCAGAUCACGGCGCAGAAACCAGGGGAGGCGACGAAGCUUCCAUCACCACUACCAUAUACGUACUCGAUAGCUUACAAGUCUGGUUUCGAAUACAUGAUACCCAGACCACUACCAGACGGAGGUCAACAUAUCGUGAUAGGUGGCGGCGUUGGACGGUUACCAGACAAUGGUGAGCGUGAAUAUGGUACCGUGAACGACGCUAUUCUGAAUCCACAAAUCUCAGAAUAUCUGCGAGGCAGCCUCGUAGGCUACUUUGGUAAAGCAAACUGGGGCGAGAAGUCAGAGGAGGAACAAGAUAGUCGAAUCGUGCAGGAGUGGACGGGUAUCAUGGGAGCUACAACGGAUGGAAGACCAUACGUCGGAAAGGUGCCGGAUAUGGAGGGAGUUUGGAUAAGUGCGGGUUUCAAUGGGCAUGGCAUGGUUUUAUGUCUGAAAUCGGCUGAGGCGCUGGUCCAGAUGGUACUUGAUUCGUCACCAGAAGAGAUUUCUUGGUUUCCACAAAGCUUCCUACCAACCACAGAAAGGAUGCAAAUCAAAUUCCAAGGCCUGACGGAUAUUCAAGUUCCAGAAACAGGGGCAGGUACUGUAGAAACUGGUAGCUCAUGA